AUGCCUGAGAGCUCGCCAUUUGCUUUCUAUGCUUUUCAUCAACUCGAUAUCCAUUUUCAUUCGAAGGAUAUACCCAACCUCACGUUUGGCGAAAUUCAGAAACGAUUCUAUUCAGACUGCUUGCUAGACAAGAACAAAAUCAAUGAGAAGAGCUCUCUAUUCAUAACUUGGAAAAAACGAUCCAAGAGAAGCUCCGUAUACGAACUCAGAGGAUGUAUUGGGACUUUUGCCAAAUUACCAUUAUUGAGAGGUAUUGAAAAAUAUUCUCUCGUCGCAGCCCUUCAAGACCACAGAUUCCCGCCCAUCCGUGUGAUUGAACUGCCUCAACUCGAAUGCAGCUGUAACAUAUUGCAAAAUUUCCGUUCUAUUUUCUCUAACCACGAAGGGGAUAUAUUCGAUUGGGAGUUAGGCACUCAUGGAAUUGAGCUGAACUUCAAAGAUCCAAAAGCGGGCAGGAUAAUGAGUGCUACUUUUCUACCUGAGGUGAUGCCUGAACAAAAUUGGAGUAAAAAGGAUACCUUUAGGAACCUGAUAGAGAAAGCAGGUUACCUUGGGGAUGUCGAUUCAUUGAUGGACCAUUACGAAGAUUAUUUCGUGGAAGUUAUUCGCUACGAAGGCAACAAGAGCCAAAUUAAGUACGAUGAGUAUAAAGAUUUGAUGAAUGAUUGA